AUGUAUUUCCAAACUGCAAAUAUAAUACUCGGCUUCUUGUCCAUAUUCGCUACGGCCUAUAACCAUUUCUCGGUGGAUGAGUCGCCAAUACUCAGAAUCACUUCUAAGAACUACGAUCGUCAUCUUAUCUCACAAGCGCUUCAGAAAGCAUACGAAGAUGUCUUUGCUUUGACUCCAAACAACCAUGCACUUCUCCAUCUAAGCAGCAAUUCUAAAAUUAACACCGAAAGAGAGUGUAUUGAGAAGACGGUAAUUUCUUACUACUUGAGGGACUUGAAGUUCAUUACUAAGGAAUUUGAAGCUUCGGAGUGUAGAGUCAACACCAACAACAAGUACAAAUCCAUCCUCCAGCCAACUUCCAACAUUCACCACCUAUUCCAUUCUAGCCUGGACAAUAUCCAAAUUCAAUUAGAGGCAAGCUUAAUGGACGAGAUUCAAAAACUGAAAACACUUGGUGAUAUUGAAUUCAAUCAAUUUGAUAGUCUCGACUACUCUUUAGAAUGUCUUAUUGGAUUCCAGGAGCUUGCACAAGUAAAAAUGGAAGAAACAGAUAUUCAAACAACAUUGGAAAAAGUGAUCCAGAUCCCAGCUGCCUGUGGGUUUCAAAAAAUUCAAAGUAGUUUUGAAGGCAUCCACUACGAAACCGUAAAGAUUGACUUACCUGUAAACGGAACAUUUUAUU